UCCGGCUCCUCAGUCGGCGUCGCGACGCUGCCGUCGAAGGGACGUGGGUUACAUUAAACGUUAGCACCUGUAGGCAGUAUCUGCUCUUAUCUCGUCGGAAACAAAAAACAAUAUAUGUAAUUAUUACAUCUUGUAAUAAUUUCCUAUUCGAUCAAAGUUUGAAUGAAUUAAAUAAAAAAGAAAGUUGUACGACGACAAAUUACAGAUUGAUCUAGAAUAUACCGUGAUGAAAUCUUAAAGAAUAAUGGCAUCAUAGAAACUUAGAUAAAAAAAGUGUGUCAAGGAAACGAUCUUGGAAACUUCGGAAAAUCUUGAACGCCGCCGAUAUCAGGAUGAUACGCAUUAUUAAAUCGUCAUUGCAUCAUUUCCGGAUCACGGAACUCGCUGGGAUGAUAGAAUAAUUGAAGACGUUCAACCUGUUUUUUUCGCAUAGGCGGCCCUUUUCUUUCAAAUGCUGUGGAAAAGGAUAACGCGAAGGAAGAGAGAAUAUUUUAUUCGUCCUUCGAUCGGCGUUAAAUUACUAACGAAGGCGCGGAUUGCCGAAGGAAAUCGAAAGAGAUAUGUGUUGAGGAAGAGGAAAGGGACAUCUCUCUCUUGCCGAAGCAAAUAUCACGACGAGAGCAUCCCUCAGUAAUUUUCUCCCGUUCCUUGUGAAUGACUCCAUUACGCGAAGAGGAAAGAAAGUGACUGUUUUGAUGUAAUUUUAUUUGAAAAGUAAAGAGAGAAUUUUAUUAAAUAUAAUAAAGCAGAUGAUAAUUUGAUAGAAAAUACCAUUUCGAGGAAUCAGUUUUGAGUGAAAAGAGGAAAAAAGAGAGGACAACAUCAACUUACAUCGUUAGGAAAAGAAACCGAAUUUAUAUGUUCAUCGCUGGUUGGUGAUAAAUCGAUAGCAACAGUCGAUUGGUUCCCAAAGGAAUGAAAGAUCGCUUUCACGAAUGCAAUAUCUUUUAUGACGGUUGUAUCGAUAAGUCAAAUAUGGCGAAGAUUAAAUCGAGGAUCGAACUUAAAUGCAACCGGAAGAUCGAUGCAUUCCUCGGAUAGUUAUCCUUCGAGAAUGUCGAACGACUAUUUCUUCUCGUGACAGAUUCCCUCUCGAUCUCAAGGGUGAUUAGAUGACUAGAGAGGAUUAUUCGUAAAAAAUCAUCGCAAAUUGAAACGUAUACGCACGUUUAAGUGUUUAAAUGUUUAAAUGUUUCGCUUGCACGUCGGAGGCUGAGAAUCACAGAGCACCGCAAAUCCACUGUAAAAAUGUCGAGCUCACCGCGAGUACGAAAAAUGCCGCCCAGGCCAAAAAUCAUAUUACCGAUUCCGGGACAAUACUAUCCGCAGACAGCGACCGGUAUGGGCUACGUGCCGACGCCAUAUGGACAAACGCCAAUGCCCAUGACGCCGGUUACCGGUCAACCGCAGGUGAUCUACGCUAAUCGGGCCAGUGAGUUCGUUUUCACGCAAUUUAAGGGGAUCAAGGAUCUGACCAAGUCUGGCCUCAGCGUGGGAGAAAAGAGUGCCUUUUGGCUUUACGAAAAGGUCAGUUCCUGGAGCAAAAGGUGGUUCACGCAUAUUUUUUUAUUCGUUGUCGUGCUUCUAUACAGCAUUGCUGGAGCAAUGAUCUUUGUAACGGUUGAGGGCACACAUGAGGAAUCUAGUCACUUCGAUAUCCGGAAAAAGAGAAACGAUACGCUCGAGAUGAUCCGCGGAUUUUGCGACAACUCGGUUUUGGCAUCAGAUUUAAAUCGUUGGAAGGGACGAGCGGCGGAAGAGCUAAUGGAAUACGAAAAGGAUCUGUAUGAGUUUUUCAAACGAGGCUUGACAGACCACGGUCAAAAAAUGUGGACAUUCUGGAAUGCCGUGUUUUACUGUGGCACAAUUUACACGACCAUCGAUGUCUUGAUGAGAUCGGGUUUAUUUAUCUUGCAUUGCCUUACCGAGCGAAUGAUCGAAUGCAUACAGAUAAACUGUGGGAGGAACUUAUGUAUUGCACUACAUGUAUCAACAUGCUGCGUGUGCAGCACAACUGAUUUCAUCAAUCCUAGUGUUCUAUUGCUUUACAUAUAGGUUUGUAUAGUUUGUAUAGAGCUCUGGCUAAUACCAAUAUACAUUGAUUUGAAGGUGAACCUGUUGGAUUUAUUCCUUUUGUGUAUAAAGAUGAUAUUAUUAUAUCAUCAAUGAUAUAAUAAUAUGAUAUAAUUCUUUUUCGAGUAGCAAUAUUUUAUAAAACCGAGAUCAUUGCUUUCUUAUUUAUGACACGAGUAGAAUUAAUAUUUUUAUAUGCAAGAAAAAAAUUAAAUUUUCAACUGUUGAUUAAUACAUAAAUUACAAAUUGAAUUACGAGAAGUAAGAUAGCAAUAUAAGACUCAAUAUAUUUUAUUUAUUUAUAAAUUAUAUAUAAUUGUAGGAGCAAAAAUAAAAAGCAAUAAAAAAUAUGAUAAAAUGUAAUAAA